AUGCAAGCGCACCUUCACCCCUUCGACCCUGCCACCACUCACACCCCCUUUCCCCUGGAAAACCCUGACACCUGCCAGGCUGUGUUCGAGCUAGACCUGGAGAAGCAGCACCUGAGGGAGCGCCUGCUGCAAGCAGAGGCCUUUAUGGCCCGCCUAAGGAGGCCGCGCGGCGGAGCGGGCACGGCUGCAGCCCCCCGCCUGCCGGCACAGGCAGAGACACAGCGGCCCCUGCUGCUUACUGCAGGGGCGAGAGCGCCUGCUUUGCCGUGCACACCACCAUCGGCGCUGGCGGCGGCGAGAGAUGGAGCCGGCGGCGCCAACGCUUCUGAUGAUGCAGCCACGCCGCUGUUUGACCUGGCGCCGCUGAGUGUGGCGCUGGCGGUGGCGCCAAUCUCCCCCGCCAUGCAACGCGCGCGCGAUGCGCCGGCUGCGGCCUCGCGCUGGGCUGCUGUGCGCGAGGAGCUGGCGCUGGUGGUGGAGGGCCACAAGGGGCUGGCCUCAGGGCUGGCGCGCACCAAGAGCGCACUCUCCGUGCUGGGCCAGAAGCUCGUGGAGGGACAGGCCUCCGAACCAGGGAUGGCGGGGCCGGCCGCCGCCGCUACCGCCCUGCCUGCCAGCAGCGCGACGAGCAGCGCCCGCAGCGCAGCCGCGCCAUGCGCCCGCGGCGUCGGGAGCGCCCGCAGGCGCUCCGAGGCAGCGGCGCGGCCGGCUGUGGCGGGCGCCGCGGCGGCGGCGGCCGCUGCACGAGCCAAGGCGGGGCAGGGUGCACCCACGGGCUUGCCAGCGCCAUCGAGGCCUGGUGCCCGCCAGCUCCCCAUUGGGACGUCAGCAAUUUGCGGCGGCGGCUCGGCCAGCUCCCACGCUACGCCGCCAGCUGGGCAUGUGCAUGGGCACAGCGUAGCCAUCACGGCCGGCCUGCAGCCAGCGCACAGCCUGGGCGAGCGCCUGGGCGUUCGCCUCGCAACGUCUGUGCUGGCCCGCUCUAUGUCUGGGGAGCCGUCCCCUCAGGCACGUGGCAGCAGCGCGCGGCAGCCAGCCGGCCGUGACCUCGCAGCACUGCGACGCAGCGCCGGAGCUCUGACUCUCGGCAGCCGCGUGGCUGCGGGUGCGGGCACUGCCGCCGAAGACGGCACCGCCACAGUGCGCCGCUCCGCGUCGGCGCGCUUGGCCUUAGCCAGCGCCGGCAGCGGGGCGUCACGCAGCGGGAUCACUGGCGGCGCCCGCCCAAGCGCCGGUGGCAGCCCCAGCGGUCGUGCGGCUGCGCUGGCCAGCCGCUCUCUUGCCGCCCGGGCCGGCGCUGGCGAGGCUGCGCUGGGGUGGGCGUCAGGAGGGCAGGCGUCUGUGGUGGGCCCCAGGAGCGCAGACAGGGGUUUUGCCUUUGCAGUGAAACCGCCCAGCCGGCCCAGCCCUGCCGGCAUCAGCGUCGCCCGCUCACUGGGCGCUGCCAGCGUUACUGCGCCCAAAGGGAGGCAGCAGCAGCACCAGCAGCAGCAGCAGCAGCAGCAGCAGCAGCAGCAGCAGCAGCAGCAGCAGCAGCAGCACCAGCAGCAUCAGAAGACGCAAACGCAGCAGCGGCGGCUGCAGCAGAACCAGCAGGUGGCGCAGCAGCAGGUGAAGCAGAAGACACAGCAGCCGGUGGAGCAGCGGCGGCCUGCUGUGGCUUCAAAGCCAAAUUCACAGGCCGAGCGGGGGUGCCACGCCCCCAGGGAGCCCGGCGGGUCCCCCCACAUCCUGAGCAGCAGGGAGCACUCCCCUGUGCGCAGCUUUGCUGCAUCAAUGGCCGCGGCUGAGGAGCAGGAGGUGCAUGUGCAGGGCAGCGACGAGCAAAACAUCCCAGGGGCAGAUGCGGCCACCAGAGCCCCGGCAGCAGGUGCUGCUGCUGCUGCUGCUGCUGCAAAAGCUGCGCGUUGCAGUCAGCAAGGGGCUCGGCCGUACUUCCCAGCUGAAGCGGCUGGCGAGGCGCUCCUUGAGCGCAUGUGCCCUGCAGGUAGCACCAGCGAGGGCCCCGGCUCCAUCAGCUGUGCGGCGGGGCUGCUGGAGGGGGCCUGGGGCGCCGAGUACAUCGGCGCAAGUUUCGAGAGUGGCGGGGCCGAGGGCAGGCGCAGGCGGAUGCAGGCGGGCCAGGCUGGGAUGGAAGGCAACGCUGAGUUGGUGGAGGCUGCGAACAGCGCUGCCUGCAGCAGCGGCGGCGUAAGCAGAGAAGAGACGGCAGCAGCCAAGCCCCAUUCGGUGCUGUCCCUGGUGGAGAUGUCAGGCGGCGAAGCCGCGGCGGCCGCGCCAGUCGCCGAUCUUGCGACAAGGGCGUCAUGUGGCAUUGUCGGCCCCACGCAGGCGCCCGCAGGAGAUGAAAUGCUCACGCCGCCGCGUCCCCACCAGGCCCCCCGCCCUCAGCAGCAGCAGCAGCAGAAGCAGCAGCAGCAGCAGCAGCAGCAGCAGCAGCGGGCCAGCAGCAGCGCCAUCGACGCCAUUGACUGGGGCAGCGUCCUGGGCGUGUUGUCUGGGGGGCCUGCUGUGGCUGCUGGUACUCCCGGGCAUGGCAUGCUGAGCGCCCAGGCCAGCGGCAUGGGAGCGACAACACCCGGUGGCGGCUUUGGCGUGCGCCUCUCCUUCGACGCCAGCCACGGGCAGCAGCCAGACUGGGAGAGCGUGCUGGGCGUUCUGGGCUGUCCAACCCCAGCCGGCGCUGGCGGCGGUGCCACUGCCACAAUGGGCGGAGCAGGCGCGGCGCCGUCGCCAACGCUAGCGCUGGCUAGUGCAGCCGCAUGCGCCCCUGGCCUGAGCGGGAGCGGGUCCAACGGAGCGGCACCUGUGCGAGAGGGCGGCAGCCUGCCAGGUCUCACUGCUGCCACCCCACCUGGUGCUGGUGUGGCGGAGCCAGGCUCCCCCAUGGCGGGCGCCAGCCCCCCGUCUGCUGUGGCGUUGGGCGCCCUGGAGGCCAUGCUGUUUGGUACGCCCGGAGGGACACCCAACGGCGGGGUGCCCGGCUGCACGACACCCGCGGCGCACCCCACCCCAGCGACAGCCGCGUCGGCUGCAGGUGCCUGGAUCCGCGGCGCCAGCGGACGCGAGCUGACGUCCAAGAGUGGGUCAGAGGCGCACUCUGGAGUGGAGGACGACAUGGGGGAUGGCAACGGCCUUGUGCGGCUGGCAGCGCCCGGCGGCGCGCCUGGGGGCGCUGUGGCCCGGCCGCUGGCGAUUCGCACCAGCCGCAGCAAACAGGCGCAAGCGGCCGCCGCGCAGCUCCUGGGCGUGGGAGCUGGCGGCGACGCCAGCGCCGGGUCCUGCUCCCCCUACAAAGAGUUCAACCAGCUGCGCCGUCGCGCCAUGGCGCGCGCCGCUGUGGCAGCUGCAGGCGCCCCUGGCGCUGGCCCCAGCCCUCUGGGGGAUGAUGGUGGCGCAGGCAUGGACAGCCCCUGCGUGGCGGGUGCAGCCGCAGCAGCUGCGGCGCAGCUGGCCAUGCCUCCCAGGCCCGAGUGCCCCACCCCCGGGUCAGAGUGGAGCCUGGACUCGGGCCGCGCAUCGCCCGACACAGCCAGCGUCGGAAGCGUGUCCGGAUCCUGCUUGGGCGCCGCCGACGCCGCCAUCCCUGCUGGCAGCGCGGCGGCGGCCGCGGUAGCGCCACCUGUGCGCACAUCUCGCUUGGGCGGGCCGGCGCUGCCGGCAGGCAGCAGGCGUACGCACCUCGGCUUGUUGGCAGCACCAGCGGCAGCGGCCCCGCGCGAGCUGGCUGGGGAUCAAUGCGGUCAUGGCCUGUCCAGCUGGGCUGCUGCCGCGCGUGACCUGGAGGAUGACGGGGACAAGGUGGUGCUUGGGGGGGACGGCGGCGACGGCGACGGCGACGGCGACGUGGAGGAGGGGACAGAUGAGGGGGAGGUGACGGCCGGUGGCAGCUUUGAGCCACUCACCGCGGGCGCCCUGCUGGACCGCUCCGCGAUGUCGCGGCUGCUGACGCCAUCGGUGCAGGUGCAGCUUGUGUUUGGCGCUUGCGAGGAGGAGCAGGAGGAGAAGGACGGCCUUGAGGCGCAGCGGCGCGGGGGACCGGCUGAGGAACCAACGUCGAGCGGCGUCCGCAGCAGUGGCAGCACGGGGUUGACGGCGGCGGAAGCCGUGGCGUGCCAGCCGCUGGACCAUGUUGAAUCCACCGUGUCUGUGGAGGAGGUGGAGCGCAUCUUGCUGAUGGGGGAUGCAGCCGACAGCGAGUCGAGUGGCAGCAGGCUGCAGCACGCCGCCUCGGGCGGAUUGGCGCCGCAGGCCGCGUGGCAGGAAACACAGCUGCACCCAGGUGGCCUUGGGCCGCCAGCGCACGCCGCGGCAGAGCGCUCGGCGAGCCCCCUUCCCGUUGACCUGUCGGGGCUGUUGGCGCAGUACCGCCAGCAGGCGCAGCAGACGGCUGCGGUGCUGAGCGGGAUCGCCACCGCCAGCACGCGCCAGGAGGAGGCGCUGCGGCGCUCUGGCCACGCGCAGGGCGAGGGCGGCAGCGGCGAAGGGCGCAGAGGCUGGGUGGCUGCCGAGCUGCCUGUGGCAGAUGGCGGGGCCAGACCUGCGAGCAGCACUGCCAGUAGCGAGGGCCGGCCCGCCCUGGAAUCCGUCCGCCUGGUGACUGCAGCCACCCAGGUCUCAUGCACAGCCGGCAGUCACAGGGCCCUCAGCGACGAGACGCCCUCCCAUCAGGCGCAGCACAGCCAGGGCGCAGCAGCUGCGUCCAACGACGGGCCAGACCAGUCGCGUGGUGUGGGCUCCAACGGGACGUCAUGGUGCAGCCCCGCCGGUGGUUGCAGCAGCUUCGGCAUUGGGGAGGGCAGGGACUCAAUGGAGGUGGCAGCGCAGCAGCUCUCUGCGUUUUGCGACGCUUUUCCUGAGCUGUCUGACGACCUUCAGGGUGCCCUGGCGAUGCGGCUGCCAGGCGUGCUGUCCGCGCCGCAUGCCGAGACGCGAGCGCGCCUGGAGCGGGUGGGGGAGCUGGCAGGGCUGGGGCUGGAGGCCACGGCGCGGCUCAUGGUGAAGGCCUGA